GCGGUGUUUAUUGACUGACGGAGGCAGUAAUGGCACCACACUGCGGUAUAUAAGCUGGGAGGGACGUCAAACAGCCCUCACUGGGAGUCACUAUGCGCUGAUGCUCCGACACAUGCUCGCAUCACUGUCGGCAACACAAGUCUCGCAUCAGCACAGCAAACUCAAAGCACGUCUGACCGGCACGAUGGAUGGGCAACAUAAAGACCGCAGACAGACUCACUUGUGGAUAUUGACGUUACUGAUAUGUGUCUAACCUCUAGCACUGGAUAACUCGUUUUUUUUUUUAAACUUCUUCUUCUGGAUACGGAUUGUGGAGCUGGAUCUCUUCCUACAGGCUGUGCAAGAAGGAUUAUAUUUAUUCUGCUUACUUUAUUUGUCUUCACUGCGUUUUCGCCAUCACCACUUGGAAUAGGAGCGUUUUGUUGGAGGACAAACUGAUUUUUUAAGGAUACGCACAUCAAAUUCUAAAGAAUGGCCGUUUGGUUCACCCUUGUCCUCGCAAUUGUUGUAACUUCAUUUACUCAGGUUCUGGGAUCAGGUGUGUUCGAGAUAGAUCUCCAUCACUUUCAGAAUACUAAAGGUUUGCUGGCAAAUGGACUUAGUUGCAGCACGACUGGCUGCAGGACUUAUUUCAGGGUUUGUUUGAAGAACUUCCAGACGGUGGUGUCUCCUGGAGACUGUUUAUUUGGCAAAGUCACCACACCUGUUCUGGGCACAGACUCCUUCAGCAUCCAGCAGAACGCGAGGCUGCGUCUGCCGCUGAACUUCACCUGGCCGGGUGCUUUCUCGUUAGUUAUUGAAGCCUGGUAUUCUCCUGCAGCGGACCGACCUGGAGAUACCACCAACCCUGAAUUCUUGAUUAGUUCUUUUGACAUCCAAAGACAGUUGGGAAUAGGGCAUGAGUGGUCCCAGGAAGUGCCGAGGAGGAAUCAGACGGAGCUAAGGUACUCAUACCGGUUCAUCUGCAAUGAACAUUACUACGGGGACACUUGUUCCAAAAUAUGCGCUCCGAGAGACGACCAUUUUGGCCACUACACCUGCAAGCCUGACGGGCAAAUAGCCUGUCUGCCGGGAUGGAAGGGAGCAUACUGCCAAGAACCAAUCUGUCUCGAGGGGUGCAACGAAAGGAAUGGAAACUGCACAUUACCUGGAGAGUGCAAAUGCCGAGAGGGCUGGCAGGGACUCUUUUGUGAUGUGUGUAAACUCCAUCCAUCCUGUAAACAUGGUACCUGUAAAGAGCCUUGGCGGUGCAACUGCAAGGAGGGCUGGGGAGGCAUCUUUUGUGACCAAGAUCUGAACUACUGCACCCAUCACAAACCCUGUGCCAACGGGGCCACGUGCAUGAACACAGGCCAGGGCAGUUACACCUGCACCUGCAUGCCUGGCUUCAACGGGGUUAACUGUGACUUGGAGGUCAGGGAGUGUGACAGCCAGCCCUGUCGCAAUGGAGGCCACUGCCUGGACUCUAAGAACGGCUAUAGGUGUGCGUGUCCACAGGGGUUUGAAGGGACACACUGUGAACACAGGAUGCUGACUUGCGCAGAUACACCCUGCUUUCACGGUGGCAAAUGCAGAGAGAGGAAUAAUGGAAACACUUAUAUAUGCGAGUGUCCAGCAGGCUACACUGGACUUAACUGUGAGAGGAAAGUGGACAAAUGUACCUCACUGCAAUGCACCAAUGGUGGACAUUGUGUGAUAAACGGUAACCUCCGACUGUGCAGCUGUCGCUCAGGCUUCGCAGGUCUGCGCUGUGAGAUCAACAUCAACGAGUGUGCCAGGAACCCCUGUGCAAACGGCUCCACCUGCAUAGACCGCAUCAACGACUACACCUGCACCUGCCCCCCAGGGUACACGGGCCGCCACUGCGACAAGUCAACCGACCGCUGUGCCUCCCAGCCCUGCCUGAAUGGUGGGACCUGCACCACUGAAGCCAAAGGCCAGCCUACCUGCAUCUGCCCUGCCCAUUACAGCGGCACCCAGUGCCAGUCCAGCGACGUGCCUUUAUCAAACACUUCCAGCCCCCACAUAGGCUGGGAGUCGGGGGACCAGUUAAGCUUGGCAGCCAUCUGCUUUGGCGUAGGCCUGGUGGCUGUUCUGGUGCUUCUCUGCAUGGUAGUGGUAUUAAUACGUCACGUCAAGAAGCAGAGAAACAAGGAGCAGGACUCAGAGACCAUGAACAACCUCUCCAAGGUUGACUUUCAGAGAGAGAACCUCAUCUCUACUCUAGAGCUCAAGAACACCAAUAAAAAGGUGGAUUUGGAGGUGGACAGUCCCAGGGAAAAGACUAAUCACAAAUAUAUCAACCACUACCACCUGGACUAUAAAACCUCCAUGGGGUACAAGGAUGAACUGUCCCUUUUGGACAAAGAUGAAAACUGUGAAAAGACAAUAGAAGAAAAAAAGCAUUUGAGUCGAAUGUAUAGAGAAAGGCCAGAGUGUAGAAUAUCAACAAUAUGUUCCUCCAGAGAUUCAAUGUACCAGUCUGUCUUUGUACUAGCAGAGGAGAAAAACGAAUGCAUCAUUGCUACCGAGGUAUAAUAAAUGGAAAUUAAUAUUUACUGUUAACGUUGGAUUUCUUGUGGACUGUUUACAAGCGUGGAGAUACUGGGAUUUAUUUAAAUGCAAGUUGCUGCUCUUGAAAACUUGAUAACUGGAAGGAGCCGGUGUGCUCCUCGAAAUCAAAAGAACUGAAGCUACUAAUCUCGGUGAGAAUGUAAAGACUGUAAAGACUACAAUCAAUCAGCAAAUCUUACUUGUGGAUGCGCCUUCAAUGUUUUUGACACAAACCCUUGUUUGCCUCGUCCAAGUUCAUCAGAAGGGCAACAUGCCAAGAUGUUUAUGCCUGUGUGUUGAUUAGAGGACUAUCUAGACGUUCUUCUCUCCACCUUAUUGCAGUAAUCAGCAAUCAACAAAUCAACUUGCUGCCAACAAGCCUGUGGAAGGAGCAAGCCUUUUCCAAUUUUUUUGUGGCCUGCAAUGUGCUAUGCAAACAAAUCAGCAUUGAGCUUAAUCAGAAAGGGACAAAAAACUACUGAAAACGGUUCAUUUUUGAAGGAUAUAGGGUUAUCAAUUUGUAAAUAAAUUUUUGUAUGAAGAAUGUAUGCAGCCUAGAUCACAAAGCCUUAUAUAUGUGUAUAAAACCUUGUGCCCCGCCUUAUCUUGAGUACUUUGCACAGCAAUAUGAAUAUAUGAGAUCAAAAGAUGCAAUAUGCUAUAGUGCCAUGCAGGGAAACUCAUGAUUUGGCCUUGUUUGACCUUAUGCAAAGAAAUACAUGAAGUGACUAUCGUACCAAGGACGCCUUCAAAGGAAAUUACUGAACCGUUGACGUAAUUUUGUAAGAUUAGUAUUUCAUUAGUAAUUUAAGCAUAUGAAGCACUGAUCAUUCUCCUUCUGUGUUUUAUAAGAUUAUUUUGUAUAUACUGUAUAUUUAUAUGUUGAGAUUAGAAGUAUGGAUUGUACAUCUGUUUUUAAGUUGAUGCCCAGAAAAAAGGUGAAUUUAUUUUUAAAGUGUCGUUGGUGUUUUAUUUGUAUUAUUUUUUUGUUAUAAAAAGAAACAAUGAACACAUAUCUGGUACACUGUUGGUUUGUGAGUCCUCGAUGGUCGAGUGUACUUGUGGUUGAAUAGAGAUCCUAAUUUAAAUGUUGAAAUCAUCUAGAAACUUUAUUUGUGUCAGCCGCCGUCGAGGUGGCUUCAUUGUCUAUAAACAUAGUCAUAUUUGGCCUCUUAGCAUUUCUAAUGAUUGUCCACGACGUCUGUAUCAGUGUGCUGUUAAAUCAUUGUGCUAGCAGGAGGAAAUAGGCUAAAAAACUAAAAAAUAUAUAUAUUUACAAAAAAACAUCUGUAAAUGAAAAUAAAGAGUCCUUUUUGUCUUUCUACCGUAA